AUGUGGUCAAAAAUCUCGCUCUAUGCCUGCUUGCAUUUUGCAGCUAGUGCCUUAGGUCACGGCGCGAAGCCGGAUCUAAGCGCGACAGCUACCCACGUGCCUCUACCAGCUAAAGAUGUGCAUAGUACUGUUGAAUUUCAAAGUGGGCAGAUCGGCCUAGAUGGAAUGAAAGUGUUUCCAUCCAAUGACACGCCAGUUGAUUGGUGGUGUUUUGAUGUUGUUUCCUGGGACCAUAAGAGCGAAAUCGUUAUAACUUUGUACACCGCUGGUGCUGCAUUUAAUCAAACUGGAACGCCUAAUAUGGUUCUUAUUACGUACACGUUUGAGAACGGUACGGACUUGAACAUCCACCUCCAAGCAGAGGACGUCAGAAUUGGGACCAUCGAUAUGUCCCAGUAUGUAGUUCGAUUGGAUUCGCCAAGUAAUGGAAUAUUUGGAGAGAUUAUCCUGAAAAGCAUUGCCCCACCUCAUCUGCCUUGCACUGACGACCUAAGCGCUGGCGGCGAUUUGCUGUUGGCACCAGGGGUAGGCUGGGUAAACGUGAUACCUGAUGCAGGUGCCACUGUCUACUUCAACUGGUCUGGAACUGUUGUUGAGUUCUCUGGCACGGGAUACCACGAUAAGAACUGGGGAAAUGUGCCGACGGGCUCUACUUUCCGCAGCUGGUACUGGGGUCAUGGCCAAGCAGGUCCCAACUCCGUCGUCUGGUUUGAGUUUCUUGCGGUUAAUGGCACUGAAUAUAAAAGCAGCUACGCCGCCCAUGAUGGCAAAAUCUUGAACGCGGCCUGUGAGGGCAUCAAGAUUCGCCCGUUUGGAGCCAACUCUACCUAUCCGCCAAAUGCUACUACUGGAUCGCCUAGCGCUUAUAAUAUUGAGCUGUUGGUCGGCCAUGAGAAUGUUCAAGCUGAAGCUACUGUCACACAUGAGUUCUUGAACAUCCCGGGUGCAAUCCAACGAUGGAUAGGGAGCUUUGAAAUCCUAGGAUUUGUAGGUACAGCAUUAUUCGAACAACUUGUUGACUCUCGUUGA